GAUGGCGGAGAAAACCAUGAAGCUGUCGGGGUCGGGAGUAAAACCCGUCCCGAUGAAGCUUUUUGCUACAUGGGAAGUUGAGAAAUCUUCGCCGAAUUGUAUUCCAAGACUUUGCAGUUUAACAUUGACACGACUGGUUGUGCUGCAGAAACUGGAAAGUGAACUCACAUCUAUAAUCAUUGCUGUCAAAAUGCAGAGUUCCAAGCGGACAUUACGAUCAAAUGAGAUCUUGAUCCCACCUAAUGGAGUAUUGGACACCGAUCUCGACUUGUCGUUCUCCUUGCAGUAUCCUCAUUUCCUCAAGAGAGAUGGCAACAAACUACAUAUCAUGUUACAGAGGAGAAAGAAGUAUAAGAAUAGGACCAUCCUUGGAUAUAAGACACUCGCAAUCGGACAAAUCAACAUGGCACAGGUGCUACAGCAUUCAUUUGACCGGGAGCUGAAUUUAUACAGUGACAUAAAAGAACGAACCAAUGUUGUUGCUCAAGUCAUGAUGCUCUCGCUUACUAGUCAACCGGUCGACCAUGAAGAAAACGGAAGAAGAAAACCCAGACAUCCAGGAGAAGUUGAUCGAUCCCCAGACAUCGAUAAUGACAGUGAUGAUGACGAGCCACAUGACUAUAAUGACAAUGAAGACUGGUCAGGGGACGAUAUGAGUGAUCUGGAGCCGAUGGACGAUGAUAGUCGUCCAGUGCGGCCACGCAAAACAAGCCAUGGUCCUAUAAGACAAGUCACAACCAGGCAAAGAAAUAUAAAGCAAAAGUUUAUCGCCUUAUUGCGGCGGUUCAAAGUUUCUGAAGAGGUGCUUGAUUCGGAACAGGAUCCUGACCAAGAUCUUGGCGACGCAGAUCAAAAUCAACAAGAAAUAGAAGACCUUCUAUUUGCCGAGUUGGAAGACAUGAGUGACAGUGGACCAGAAAUGGACACCAUGAGUGUCCUUUCAACACCAAAACCUAGCCUCAGGCCAUUUUUCACUGGUCGAUGUAAUUCACAGGAUAUUCUUGAAGUGCCAAAGGAUUCCAGUCGGUAUAGCGACGAUAGCUCAAAGCGUAAUGAUUCUGACAGUCAUCCUGAAAACCUAACUGAUCACGAACAUUCAGACCCCAGCAGUCCGCCAAAAGAUGAUAAGCGGGAAGGUGCCAAAACUAAGUUGUUCUCACGCGAUCGUAGCGUCUCGUUGAAAGGCGAGAAAAGAGCCAAAAGGGAAACAAAGGAACGGCGUAACAGCUACGGAAAUAUAGAGGGAGUGCUUGUCAACUUGAUUAAACCCUACAGCCCAAUAUACCAAGCUCGCAAACUAAGUUAUUGCCUGGUUCUGCAUGAACAUGAAAACGGUCCAGAAUUGGAGCCUCGCAAAGCCCUGCUGGAACAGUUGGCUGCAGUAUUAGGCACUGAUGAAUAUCUCCCGGAGUGCUUUAUUUUAGUGAACACAUCUGAUGGACCUGGCCAGGCCCUUGCCCUCAAACUACAAGAAGCUCACUACAAAGUCAUCUGCACGUGCUCAAAGGCUGAUGUAAAGGCCUCCGUCUCUCACUUUGUCUCAAAAUUACAGAAGUAUUGCAACAGCAAUAACAAGGCGCCGAUUCCUGUUAAGAUUGGCAUUGCUGGGGGUGAUGGCUAUGUCAACUCAGUAUUACGACCUUAUGUGGAACAAUUUUCUGCUAAAUCUCCUGACUGGCAGAGUUACAUCAAAUUUUAUCUAAUACCACUUGGUGCUAGUUUAAUUGGCAAGUACAUUGCCAGCAUAGACUGUUCAUAUUGUUCCAUAUUUGGGGAUACUUGGUGGAGAGAUACGUUUGACAAGAUUGACAAUCAGAAAUCAGAUAUGUUUGAAGUUGUCAACAGAAUCAAGAGAUAUCUAUCGAGUGCUAAUAACUUACUACAACUGCCAAUAGCCGAAGCCAUGGUCACUUACAAGGAAAAAAGUACGGAUGAAGAGUCUUCCCAGAUUUUCAUACCUUUCUUAAAUGAAGUAAGAAUAGGUCCGGCUGAUCUCACUCAAUCGAUGUCAGUUGACCUUGAUGAACUCUUGCCCUCAGCCACCUUGUCUGGAUCGCCUCCAUCACAACAAAGCUAUAUGGAGAAAGUCAGAGAUCAGCAUACACCGCCAAACUCACCGAGCAUCAACAAUGUGGUGGCCUCCUGCAGCCAAUCAGGAGGGUCACAACCGUCACCAUCAGGAGCUUUCAGCAGUCCUGGGGGUGAAUACAUGGACCUGCAGCUGGACUACUGGACCAUGCUACCGAGAUCAGAAACUAGUGAGAUUAAAGAGAAACUCAGCAAGAAGGAGAGUACAAAAACAACUGUGAAACAAGAAGGUGCCAAAGUAUCAAAGCCAGACAGUGCAAGAGUUACUGUCAAACAGGACAGCUCUAAGAACAUUCUGAAAUCAGAGAGCACAAAAGCUUCCCUCAAGACAGGCUUCAAGUGUGUACAAGUGUUCCGGUUGCCUCAGAUUGGCGAGGGACUAUCGGUGUGUAUGAGUAUGAUCGUGGUCGCCAAAGAGAAAAAGGGAAAGAUAAUGAGAAUUGGAAAGAAAUCAAAAGAGACUGAAUCCAAGAGUCAGAUGAUAGAAUCCAUAAAUAGAUUGAUAUGUACGUCGAAGAGUCAGACAACCCCUCUCAAAGUGACCAUCGAUGGAAUUGACUGGGCUGGAGUGAAAUUCUUUCAGCUGUCGUCAACGUGGCAAACUCACAUUAAACACUUCCCUGUUGCGGUGUUCACGUAUACUGAGCCGUAACGCAUUGAAGUGUGCAUGAACUGUGCUAUAGUACGGCAGUGGAAUACUGUUCAUGUAUGCUGAGCCGAAAUGACAGUUGUUCGUGUGUACUGAACUGUAGUACAGCAGUGGAGUGAUCAUUCUGAGCUUUAUUGGUUGACAGUUACAGGGUUCUUUUAUGCUAAGCCCUACAGACAGAAAUGGAGCACAGUUGCAGUGUUAAGGAUUACAGUAAGCAGCUUUCAAGUGUGUAUUCUGAACCCUGGUAUAAAUGGAGUGCAGUAUUCACGAAAACUAGAGUUGUGCGGCUUGCAAUGUUUGCAUUUGCUGUGCCAUACUGGUUUUCUGUGUUCACAAAUUCUGACUAAUAAUAAAGAGCAGAAAGUUAAUACUACUGUGAGCCAUGAUUACCUGCAGAUUUCUUGCAUGCUCAACAGUCAUGUGCCCUCAAGUGUGCCGAUCAGCAUGGAGUAAAGUGUCUGUAAAUGCUUAACCUUAAUGGCGUGCUCUCUUCACAUAUGCUGAAGCUUAGUUUAGUGCAAUGUCUACGUACGUUUCAUGAGUCGGGGAGUGCUGUUUCAAUCAGUACAGAGUAAUUCUACCAAGGUCUUCAGCUCUUUAUUUAUUGUGGGGAAUCGCACUUGUAAAGUCGCGCCCCUGCUUCUGGGAGUCACUCUGAUGCUGUAAUGUAAUUGUUAUUAUCUAUGUUGCCAGCUGCUACAAUAUCAAUGCAUUGAUCUGUGUGUGAGAAUCCAGGAACAAUAUCAGGUUCAUAUGAAGAAGAUUCACACUGCUGGGUACAUUUUCAUCAUACAUUGAACAUGACUGAAAAGUGACAAUUUGCGGAUUCGUUAAAAUGCAUCUUAUCCAUUUCACAACUUCAAUCAAAAGGGCCACUGUACACUUAUUUGCAACUUGGCCUCACUUCAUUCAUCAGAGAUCUAGAUAAAAAAAUGUGCAUCAUUCAGCUGCACAUUGAUUAGCAACUAACAGGCAUAAAUUGCUAAAUGCUGCUUUUGACGUUAGCACACUGAAGAUUUGGGGUUGUGCAGCUAAAGGCACACCGAAGAUCAAUUUGAGGUUGUGCAGCAGAUGGGUUAAGUUCAGAUACAUUGAUAUUUUUGCAGCAAAUUGGGAGGGGGGGGUAACAUUCAUCGGCUAUCGUGUGCUGUGGACUCUAACCUAGUUUCAUGUCAUUAGUUUUGAAGUCGAGGUAAUGUGGUCAUUAGUUCGUUGAAUUCAUGUGUUUUUAUCAAGACGAUUUUCAUCACUUAUUUUUGGGGCAUGGGCUGAUGAAAGAAAAUGUGAAGAGAUACCAUUUAUUGUUAUAUUUAUAAUUUGUAUACUUUUGUAGCCAUGUGGCAAGGUUUGUGCCUUAACAUUGCCAAGACCGCUUUUCCUCUCUUUGCAUUCUCAUUACCUUGUUCAUCAACCAAAUGGUGCUUUUUGAAAGGCCACAGCAUACGACAGUUUAACUUGAAAUAAAACUGCCAAAGAACCACAAAGUGAAAAGUUUAGAAGUAUGCUGUGCAUGGUUAAUCUAUGGACAACAUCUUGACAUGUAAACUGGUUCAAAGCAAACUGACGAUUUCUACCAGGAGAAACCCACUACAAAGGAUAACAGUUUUCAGAUGUCAUCUUGUUCCAAAGUUAUCAGACCAGUUGAUCCAAUUGGUAGCGAGAUACCAAGUUGCUUUAAAGACUGCCGCCUCUGCCACCUGAUCAAGAUUUUGACACAUUCUUUAUGUUCUUAGUAAAAGUAAGAUGGUUCUGAAGAAAGUAAAUUGUGCAAUAUUUUGUGCGCGCUAGGAAUUUCAAGUGGACCAACUGAUAGGGUUGGUGAAGUGACGUGUGCUGGUCACAUUAGUGCUUUCUUGUGAUUGUAUAAUUUAUAGUUGAAUUUGUAUAUUUGCAAGUAGGCUUAUGUCAAUUAAUUUAUGGAUAAAUCAGUUAAAUCCUGAGAUACUUGAUUUUCUGAUGACACGGUCUUGAUAUUAUGAGAAAUGAGUUGCAUAUUUUUUAUUGUCGAGGGGAAUAAUAAUUGUUGAGGGUAUUUAUCUACACAUCAUUCUUCAGUUUACCAAUGCAUCAGUAUCGAAUACGAUUACAAUCUGAAUGAAAGUGGCUGAUUGCCAAAUUGCUGUUUUAAGUAGAUUUGUGAACCCACAUUGAGCUGUUUUUACUGCUCUGAACUGAACUAUUAAGACCUCUGUAUUUUUGUCUUCUACAUUGGUGGAACACCGUGUAUGCGUUGCAAAUUUGGUAUCUCAGGAUUGCACAUUUUUUCUCGAUUUAUCCAAUAGUUGUGUUGCUGUUUCAUCAACACGUGUUUGUUAUGUUUUUAUUAACCCAAGGGUAUACUAUUAGUAUGUAGUUAAAUCUGUUAUGAACAGUCCUGGCCUAGGGAAAUGGAAUUUGCUAGUUACUGAGCUGUUAAUGUACAACCGAGUUGUGUAAUCGAGAUGUUUCUUGUGGACUAUACCAUGUACCGUAUGAAAUUCUUGCGUUGAUUCAGUUGAUUGCAUGUUAAUUUUACGUUUAGUGAUGUAUUUACAUGUUAUCCAUCAUUUGCUGUAGUUCUUAAAAUCUUAAAAUCAUAAAAGUUUUUGUUUAUAAAUUGGGUAGAGUCCAGAUCCUAGAAUCAAUUGGAUGCAAAAAUACUUAUUAACUGACAAGGCUCAAUAAAAACAAAUUCCAAAUUCUGAUUGUUAAUUCAAAAAUUUGGUUUGAACCCUGAGCAAAUGCCCACUGGUGAGAAUGGCAAAACAUUUUCAUUUGCUAAAAAGAUAUAUUGGUUCCACUAUUGACAGAGCAGAUUCAGAAUUUGUGCUUUUUGUCAUACCUAUAUUCAUAAACUAGAUGAAUUUUCAAUAGACUCACUCCCUCUACUCUUAUCGUUUAUCACCCCGCACCAAUAGUUUGUUGAUUCAGGCCAAAAGUUUCAGUGUUAACGGUGCUAAUAUUUGAUAUUUUUUUGUACAACUUUUUUGAGUUUUUCAGUGAAAAGCUCAGCAAAAUAACUUCUCUUUUUAAUUCAGUUUGUUUUGUUUGACAAUUUGCUUCUCAAAGUCAGUGUCAGUAAAAAAAGCUAGUUAUGGUGCAUCAAAAAUUGUGUUCUAAGAUUUUUUUGCUAUUUCUUCUGUUGUAUAUUUUGUCAAUUCUGUGGCACCAUGUAAGAACCAGAUAACCCACUUGAGUCAAAUGCACCAUUUUCAUGAUUGUAGAUCAAUAGGCAUCAUUAAUGAUAGGUGUCUCGAGCAGUACAAAGCCUGUGGAAAGAAAAAUUGUACUAUGAUCCCUAAGGUCUACAAUGGGUUAUCUGGUUCUUUCAGGGUGCCACGGAAUUGCUAUAAACUGAGGUGCUGACAAUGCAAGUAAACAAUUCAAUGAAGGGCAUUUUCAGUUUAUGCUCUAAAAGGUAAACUUUCUGACCACACUCUUCUGCCUGGAUAUAACUGAUGGCAAGAUCCUAUUUUCUGCCAAUAUGCUUGUCAUAUAAGGGCCAUGAAGUAUUUAGAGUAUUCCUAUCCACCAUGAUACAGCCUACUCAUCACUAGAAUACCAAUAUCUGAUAGGUACAAACCCUAGAUUCUCCUGCCCAUUAGGAAAUUACUGUUAGAACAUCUAUCCUGUUUCCAUAAUUUUGAACAAAUAUUUUGUAUAUUUUUUACAUAUUAUGAUAUUUUGCUGAGUACCUAGGUCUGAUAUUCCCGUUGUAAGGUGUGACAUGUUCUGCAUGAUAUCAAACAUAAGAUAUCCUGUCGUGUUGUAACGUUAGAUAUGCUGUUAGUGAAUAAGUUAUACUGUGCAGUUUUAUUAGUAGUAUUUACCUAAGCUAAGAUAAACUUGAAAAAACCUUAGUCUCUAGAAACCAACCAGAAGUGUAAUGGAUGUGUAUCCAGAAGACAGUUACAAGGAGGCUCAAAUGCAGGUUUCCUUAGCCAAAACAUUGGUCAGCUUGUUUUGAUUCUAAUUCAAGCAUUGAUUCCGUCUUUAUUAUAUCGUUUAAUGACUCUUGCUCUGUGCAUCAUUGCAGUGGUCAAAUAAAUAACUGAGAAAAGAAAAUCGUUAAAUGACAUGUAAUACUAGUUUUGUCACAAAUUAGUCAUUUGUUUCAGUAUUAUAAUUUUAGAAGGUCUUUAUUUCUAUAUAUGUUUGAAAAAGAUGUGAGGAUUAACAAUGCACGCAACUACAAAUACCAAUACAACAUCUGUUCUUGCAGAUUAGGAUCCCCAGUUCUGCUUUGAAUAAACUAUUGGUGGACGAUGUAGCUGUCCGAACUGAAAUGUUUUCAAUAAUUCGGUGUGGAGCCUCGAGAAAUAAGGACAUUUUUGAUUCCAAACUAUGAUACAUUGAUCAGUACUUUGUUGCACCCAAAAGUGCAAAUGCAGUAAAUUUACCUCACGAUAGUGCAAUAUUGAUUCAGUUCCUUCGAAUAGUAUGCUAAAAACACCUGUUCAGUAUUCUUAAUUGGUACUUGUAGAGAGAAAUGCUAUCUAUUUGCUGGUAUUUGCGAAGAUGAGAAGUUUCAAUCGAUCUUUCGGCAACUUAGAUAUUUUAAGAAAAGUAGGAGGCAAUGGUGCAUUGAGCUUUCUUCAAAAUUUAAACUUUUUCCAAUUCUAUUACAAAUCUAUCCUAAUCAAAGGUAUAGACUUUUUCCACAUUCGGAAGCUUGUAGUAAUAUAAUGAUGUAAUCCUGUUAGCAUUUAAACUGUACAAUGUAGGUUUAUAAUGUGAGGCUGUCGUGGUAUAGCUGCAUCUAUUUUACACUAUACAUAAUCGAAUUAAUCCUAAAGUCAAAAUGUCAUUGUAUGUAUUACUGGAUGAGUUAUUAGUACACAAAAUGGAAUGAAACUUCUAGAAUAAAACUGCCAGAAUUGUUUUA